UGUCUUCCUUCAACAGACCACGUGCGGGAGUUCUCAUGUGGGCGUCUGUUCUACCGCACCUUCCACAUGGACGAGGCCCGGGACACCCUCUACGUCGGUGCCAUGGAUAAGGUGUUGAGAGUGAACAUGAACAACGUGACGCAGACCAACUGUGAGACUGACACGAUGACCCUUGAGCCUACGAGGGUAUCCAGCUGCCUUUCCCGCGGCAAGUCCGAGCACUACGACUGCCGCAACCACAUCCGCGUCAUCCAGCCCAUGUCUAACAAUCGCCUCUACAUCUGCGGCACCAACGCCCACAACCCGAAAGACUGGAUCAUAUACAGCAACCUGACACACUUGGCCCGCCGCGAACACGUCCCGGGCAUCGGUAACGGCGUGGCACGGUGUCCCUUCGACCCGUCAGACAACAGCACAGCUGUGUGGGUGGAGCGCGGCAACCCAGGGGGACUUCCUGGACUAUACUCGGGGACGGUGGCCGAGUUCACCAAGGCAGACACUGUGAUCUUCCGGGCAGAUCUCUUCAACUACACGACCAAGAGGCGCGAGUACCCCUUCAAGAGAACCAUCAAAUAUGACUCAAAAUGGCUAGACAAGCCCAACUUCGUGGGUUCAUAUGAGGUCGGCGAGUACGUGAUGUUCUUCUUCCGAGAGACGGCUGUCGAGUACAUCAACUGCGGCAAGAAUGUGUACUCCCGCGUGGCCCGGGUGUGCAAGAAGGACACCGGCGGCAAGAACAUCCUCACGCAAAACUGGGCAACCUACCUCAAGGCGCGGCUCAACUGCUCCAUUCCCGGAGAAUUUCCUUUCUACUUCAAUGAAAUACAGUCUGUUUACAAGAUCCCUGGCGAUGACUCGCGCUUCUAUGCAGUCUUCACUACCAGUAUGAAUGGCCUAAUGGGCUCGGCAAUCUGCACCUUCAGCCUUGAUGACAUCCAGGACGCCUUCCUCGGCCGCUUCAAGGAACAAGCCACCUCCUCGUCUGCCUGGCUGCCUGUCCUCAUCUCCAAGGUACCUGAGCCACGGCCUGGACAGUGCGUCAACGACACCCAGACUCUGCCAGAUAAUGUGUUGACAUUCCUGCAGUCUCAUCCACUCAUGGAUGAGGCCGUUGCCCAUGAGCACAACAAACCAGUUUUCUACAAGCGGGAUUUGAUCUUCACACACUUAGUGGUGGACAAGGUGACAGGCGGAACCUAUGGCCAAGAGAACAUCUACACUGUGUAUUAUGCAGGAUCAUUGGAAGGGCGCGUCUACAAGGUGGUGGAGUGGAUGGAUGAGAAUGGAGAGUCGCGCUCUGAGUUACUGGAUGUGUAUGAAGUGACCACCCCAGAGCCCAUCAGAGCCAUUCAGAUCUCCAGAAAGCACAAGUCUCUGUAUGUGUCAUCCGAUGUGCGAGUGCGCCAAGUGGACCUCUUCAUGUGCCAUGGCCGAUAUGACAACUGCCUGCGCUGUUCCCAUGACCCCUACUGUGGCUGGGACAAGGAUGCCAACAUGUGCAAGCCUUACAAACCCGGGCUGCUUCAAGAUGUGACUGGCUCAACUCCUGGUUUGUGUGACGCCUGCAUUGCCAAGAAGAAGAUGGUGGUGACGUGGGGCCAGAGCAUCCACCUGGGCUGUGCUGUCAAGCUGCCACGGCCCAUCUCCCUCAAGGACAUCACAUGGCAUCACUACUCAAAGGACAAGGGAAAAUACCAGAUCAGAUACAGGCCUGACAAGUACAUAGAGACUUCAGAACAUGGCCUGGUUGUCAUGAAUGUGAAUGAGGCCGAUGCUGGCAGAUACGACUGCAAGAUGGGUGGAGACAUUGUGUGUUCGUAUAACAUCACUGUGGAUGCCCACCGCUGCUCAGCCCCAGCAAGAACCAAUGACUUUCAGAAGGUGUAUAGCGUGUGUCAUGAGUUUGAGAAGUACAAGUUAGCCAUGAAGACUUGGGAAAGGAAGCAAGCUUUUCCAGAGACCUGA